AUGCUCGCACGCACGCACGCUCGCUCGGAGACUCGCGGACGCCACACACCAGUCUCGCGGGGGAAAGGCGAUUCAGCCGCACCGACCGACCCGUCGACGUCCGGCUCGCACUCGCCCAGGCUUACAGCCGCCCGUCGGAGCCCCCGCCCGCGAAGUUUCCAGGCGACGCUCGAGCCUCGGUUGCUCGCCGACUCGCCAACGCCAGACGCCACCGGAGACGCACAUCAAGGGACGUCGAACGCGAGUCAAGCUCGUCGAAAUCCGAUCGCGACCGCCCGCGUGCGCAUGAUGCCGGCACGGUGGUGUCGUUAUCGGAGCGCAUCGCACGGCGUCGCGAAGCGCGAUGCGGACGGCAGGCGCUUCGAAGAAGCGCGUGCGGCUCGCGUACACGGGAGCAGAUGGGUCGGCGCUGAGUACGUAUGGGGCUCAAUUUGGGGUAGGAGGUGGCGCUGGUUAUGGUAUGGCGUCGACGGCAGCCUGUCUGACGAUGCCCGACGUGCGAAUCUCGCGCAGGAGACGCGGCGGCGCAACGCCUGGGGCAUUGGCAAUCUGACUGGCCGAUACCGCGCGCGCGCAUACAUACAAGUUACACACGGAUGCACGCGCACGAUAAGAAAUGGCGGGCGAUCCGCGGGAACUUCGAACUUCGAAGCGGGGCUGGCUUGGCCCGCGCACUGUGCCUCUGUCCCUGCCUGCGCCGCGCGAAGAGCCAACGGUUGCCUCUUGAGGCUUAGUGCUGGCUUGGUGUUCGCGCGCGGGCUCGGCUAUCCGGGGUCGCGGCUGCGGUUGCGGUGCCCUGACGCAGUCAUCGCGUCCUUGCGCUUGCGCGGCUGCCGCAAGAUUCACACCGAUGCCUUUGGGAGAAUACGAACAUGCGGGCGAGGCCCACGCCAGCGGAUGCCGGGCGCUGAGCGCUGGGAUUUUUCUCUCAUCAUUGCAGGGUUCAUUGCAGGGUCUGAAGGGGCAUCGCCGACUCCGGGUUCCGAGGCGAUCGCGGCGAUGGCAGCUUUGAUGCUGAUGCGGCCCCGGACAUAUGCGCGCGCCCAUUUGUCACGGGCGAAGGUAAAGACAGAGACAAAGGCGGGAAGACGUGGACACGCUCUGCCCGGGGAGGACCCGAGUCGAACGUCGGGUCGCAGCACGGGCUCUUGGAACUUUGGCGUGCCAGGGGCGGAAGGCUUCGGAGGACCGAGAUGCACCCGUGGGAGACGCGCCAUCGUGCGAAGCGCUAUCGAUGCGUGCGUGCAGGCGUUGCGCGACACAAUCUGCCAUCCAUGCUUGGAGAACUCGAGGCUUGAAAAACGUGCGGGUGCGAAGAACAGGUCCCGCUCCGAACCACAUCUAGUGCACGCAAGUGCACUCCUAUUCUGCCUUGGGCCGCUGCACAUGCUUCGAACAUCGAGGCUCCGAGUUCGGUCCAAACCGAUGGAUUAUGGCGUCCUCGCCGGCGCCGGCGCCCUCAUCCGUGCUAGCUCGGCGGGAUCGACCACCUGUGACGGUUAUAUCAUGGGCAUGCAUGUCUGCGUUGGAAGACUGCGGUGCGUCGAGGAAGCAGCGGCUUCGCCUGGAUCUGCAAGCGCCAGUUCCUCACCACCACCACGAGUGAGGUCGUGCUAUAACGGUGCAGCUGUGCUAUAUCGAGAGCGGGCAACUGCACGGCGGUGUUCCGAGUUUGCCCUUCUCGGAGUCUCGAGCUAUGCUCUGCUGCCCACCGGGUCUACUGGGUCUGUCGGAAAUGAACCGGCUGCCUUCUUCAGAGAGACGGCGAGCAGCCAUCCCAUCGUCCUUGAUGCAUUUUCGCGGGACCGGUCGGUCAGUGAUCCCUCCGGUGCAAGGGCAAGUGCACCAUGCCAGCGCGUCGAGAUGAUCAUCAAUCGCCAACAUCUGCGCGCGCCCACUGAAGGGAAUGUGGAGGCCAGCUUCGAGGACCUUCAGGACCGGAAGUGCGCUAUUCCUCCCGGCCCCGAUGCUUCCCUUACCCGAGUUCCCGACAGACCAUUCAGUGAACGUCAUCUCACGUCGCUUGUGAGUGACCUCUGCCGAGACCUAGGGCCAAGAAUACCAAGCACGUCUCCGUCGGUUGUCCCCAGGAAAAAAUAUGUUCCUUUUGCGGUCGUGACGACUGGCAGCCGCGCGCCUGAGGUGCUGGAGCGCCGUGCACUGUGCGCAGGGACUUUUUUUUCCAUCGCCGGGGUCCUUCUCGAGGGUGCCCGCAUGCUCUCCGACCGCACCUCCGGUGAUAUCGUUUUCUAA